AUGGUUUUGCAAUCACUGCUGUUUGAUUGUCAUAUUGAUUUCCUUUGGCAGGCGGAAGCGUUGUCAGUGCUCACUCCUGCUCAGGUGGCACAGCUGACACUGAGCUCAGGGGCCUUGAAUGACACAGACCAAAUCGACCACGUGUUUGAGCGACUUGAGGAGGGCAAUGCUCUGGAAAAUGUGGAUGAAUUCCUGGAAGAGCUGACAGCAAAUGGAAAGGACCCUGAUUUCCAACCUGCUGUGAGAGAUCACCUAAUGAACAGGACCUUCAGCAUCAUCGCUCCCCAUUUCCCCAAGUUCAAGACAGACGACUGGUUCGCUUGGUUCCACGUGAAGCUGGUUACUCUGCUCCCAAGUUUCAGCGCAGUGAUGCUCAAGAAUGCUACCUCAGAUAUAAACUGCACAAACUACCAUGUUGUUGUGAGCGGGAUGGCCAAAGCUUUCCCUUCAAUAUCCUCGCAGGGACAAGAAGAAAUCACAGAUGUAAUGGUGGGCUACCUGAAAAAAUCUGUCAGUGUCAUCAACACGCCAGUUUGCAGGCAGGGAAUUCAGAGUGAUGCCCAGUGGCUUGAGAAAAACUUGGGUCCAUUUUCCACACGUGCUAAAUACUCUGACCUCAAAGUAUUCAACAUCUCUGGGGUGGCAGUUGUGGAAAACCUCUCACCAAAGCAGAAAGCUGAGCUGAUCCUGGAUCCAGACAGUAACGCUUUGGAGAAUGAGAACAUCGUAAGAGAGGUGUUCACAAGCUUGACAGAGUCCCCUGAUACUGAGCAGCUCAGUCAGUUUUUCCAGGCUUACAGUGACAUCAACAAGCAGAGAAACAUCACCAUCGUGGAAAAUCCAGCUGUACGAGACAUCAUCUUGAACCUGACCUUGACAGCCCUUGCUCCUGAAUUUGAAGACUUUGGGCCUGAAGACUAUAAGCUGUGGUUCCAGGUCUAUUUGGUCACUGUGAUGGCCAGCCUCCAUCCUGGCAGCUUGGCGGUGAUCCCCAGUAACAUCAGUUGUGCAUCCUACGCAGCCAUGUACGAAAUCAUAUUUCUCAAGUCCAAAGUCAGACACUUUGGAUUUUGCACGAUGUCAAAGUGUGGCUUCAGACAAGUCACAAAAAUGUGUGUUUUCUUCCCUCAGACUCACUGGCCUCGAGCAAAGUUUGAAAAUCCUGCCACUGCUGCUUUCACGGGGUGUGAGAUCAAGCAGAGAGUCACUCAAGGAGACAUUCGCACGUACGUUGACAUCAUUUUUCAGAUAAGCCAAUUACCACUGCUAUGA